CGCGCCGGAGCGGCGAGAUUGCCCAGGGACCAUGGCUGCGCUGAGGGACUGCAAGGCCUGGCAGGAUGCUGGACUUGUCCUGUCCACGACCAGCAAUGAAGCCUGUAAGCUCUUUGAUGCUGUGCUCACACAGUAUGCUACUUGGACCAAUAAUGAGAGCCUUGGAGGUAUUGAAGGAUGUCUCUCCAAGCUAAAAGCAGCAGAUCCAAACUUUACCAUGGGACACGUCCUUGCCAAUGGCUUAGAGCUGAUUGGCACUGGAAGGAGCGUGAGGCUCGACAGGGAGCUGGGCAGCGCCGUGACAGCCAUGGUGGCACUUUCCAAGGCACAGCCACUGACAGAGAGGGAGAGGCUCCAUGUGUCAGCGCUGGACGUGUUUGCCAGGGGCCAACUUCCAAAAGCUUGUGAGCUAUGGGAGCAGAUUCUGCAGAGCCACCCCACUGACCUGCUAGCCCUCAAGUUUUCCCAUGACACUUAUUUCUACCUGGGGUACCAGCGCCAAAUGCGAGAUUCUGUUGCUCGUGUUUAUCCUUUCUGGACUCGUGAUGUUCCUCUGAGCAGCUAUGUGAAGGGCUACUACUCUUUUGGACUUGUGGAAACAAACCUUUAUGACCGUGCUGAGAAGGUUGCCCAUGAGGCUUUGGCUAUAAAUCAGACAGAUGCAUGGUCUGUCCAUACCAUAGCUCAUGUAAAUGAAAUGAAAGCUGAGGUGGAGAAAGGCUUAAAAUUCAUGAAAGAGACAGAAAAGAACUGGAAGAGCAGUGAUAUGCUUGCUUGCCAUAAUUACUGGCACUGGGCUUUAUACUACAUUGAAAAGGGGGAAUAUGAAGCUGCUUUGACAAUUUAUGACAAGCAUAUUGCCCCUGUGUGCCUGGCACGUGGAAGCAUCCUGGAUAUAGUUGAUAACUGUUCAAUGCUGUACAGGCUUCAUCUGGAAGGUGUAAAGCUUGGGGACAGGUGGAAUGAUCUGCUUGGGGUUACAAAGAAGCACACCAAGGAUCACAUUCUUCUGUUCAAUGAUGUGCACUACUUGAUGUCUUUCCUUGGAGCCAAAGACCACAAAACUACUGAGGAGCUUUUAACAACUCUGCAGGAACUUGCCAGAGCACCUCAUGAAGACCAGCAGCUUUCCCUGGCUCCUCAUUUGGGACUGCCACUGUGCCAGGCUUUUGUAGCGUUUGAAAAUGGGAAUUGUGACAAAGCUGUAGAUCUGCUCUACCCAAUCCGUUACGAACUCGUCCAAGUGGGAGGCAGUGAUGCUCAGAGAGAUGUUUUCAGCCUGUUAUUGAUUCAUGCUGCUUUAAAUUCUAAAUCAAAGGCCAAACAAAACCUUGCAAGGUGUCUCCUGCAUGAACGUGACCUGCUGAGACCCAAGUCACCAAUGACCGAGCGACUGAUCAGGAAGGCAGCAGCUGUGCAUUCCAUGGCAUAGGGCUUUCCUCCAGCUUCAGCUGGAAGAGCCAGGAGCUUCCCACAAAGCCUGGGAGCAGGGAGUGCAGGGGUGCUGUGAAGGAAUUCAGGGAGGUACUGAAGCUUAAAAGAUUUGAGAAUUAUUUCCUUAAAAAAAAGACAGCUGUUGCAUUUCUGGAGGUUGUGCCUUAGAUGAUUCUGCAAGGAAAGAAGAAAACUUGCUGAUAAUGCAAGCAAAACUUGCUGACAAAGCUUUCUGGAGCAUCCCAAAGGCACUGCUGCUCUGGUAUGUUUUCCUGAACAUUCCCUCUGACUCUGAUUAUACACAGUGCAGUAACAGUGCCUGGGUUCCAGUCCUUCUUUGGCCCAGUUUGUUAACUUGGCCUACAUGUGAAUUUUAGCUGCUCAGGUAAUUCAAAGGGAGCUUUGAAAUAAAGCUAAUAGGAAGAUGCAGGGCCAGAACCAGUACAGGCAUGAACUGAAUUCCAUAUUGGGCUUCCAGCCCAUGCAGGCAGGAGUCACAGAUCUCUCUGCAUUCAGGAUCUCUUUCCACAUGUACAUUUUUAAACUGUCUCAUAAAAUGUUAAAUUUUUCUCCCAGCUCUCCUGGCCUCACAGGCCUGCCCCUCCUUCCUGUCCAGCUCAGGCUCUUCCCCAUGUCCCAUAGCCUUGUCCUACAGUUUCCUUUUGACCUAAGAAGGCACUUCCAUAGCUGGCCCUGCCCUGCCCCUGGAGUUCCUGCAUCGUGGAACAAGAGGUGGAAGUGCUUUGCUGACAUUUUGCUUUACCCAAUCCUCCCCUGAUGCAGAAAUAGCUUAUUUUUAAAGGAAGAAUAAUAAAACCAUGUAAGGGAUUGCAUUCCUUGCCUUCAGGUGUUCAGGUUGAUGAGCGUGCUGUUCAGCAGACAGCUUGUCUGCUCAGCCAUGGUGGGGAUGACUCACUUGGGACACCUUACAGUGGAUUUUAAUUAUUAUUUUUAAUAAGUGCACUUCAGACAACGACUUUAGACAGGUAACUUUUUACUAGAGGAAUGUAACAAAUUUUAAAAGGAACAAAAGCCUGAGAAAGCUCUGGCUGGCUAUGCAGAGUGUGAUCAAUGUAAUCAAUGACAGCUCUACUUUCAAUAGAACAUGAUUGAGAAUUUUGUCUGCUUUGCUUUAAUAAAGUCAAACAUGAUCUU